UAAUAAUCUAACUGAGAUAAAACAAUUAAAAUCUCGUUAUUAUGAAUCUGAGCUAGAAAGGGAAGGGUUAAUUUCUUUAACGGAAUCUUUAAAAUCAAAGAUUCGUGCACUACAGCAACAGAUCUUUUCCCAAGAAAAAAAUGGAGUGCAUCCGGCAUAUUGUAACGUAUGCAACAAGUAUAUAGUGGGAAUUCGAUACAAGUGUGGUCAUUGUGAUAAUUAUGAUAUAUAUUCAAAUUGCGAAACAUCAAACCAUAAUCGCGAUCAUGUAUUUAUUAAGAUUAAGCGUCCAAUUGGUAAUGAUAGAUUUGCAAGAACUGCUUUAUUACCCGAAUUUAAAUUAAUCGAACAAAUGAACAAG